AUGGCGGACCAAGAGCAUCAGCAGCCGCAGCAGCAGCAGCAACUGCCUGAGGCUCCCUUCCCUGCACCUCCUCCGUUCUGGCGCCAUUUCACCACGGCGAACGAGGAAAAACUCAAAGAGAUUGAGUCGAGCGAGCCAGGGCGAUCCGAGAAGUUGCCGAUUCCGUUGGCUUAUCUGCGCCCUCCGCCUCCUCCACCUGAAUCCGCAGAAGUCUACACGACAUUUGGCCAGAGUCAGGUCAUUGACCCGAGCAAACCAACCUCGCUGCCUAGAGAUCAGCUACUGUUUGACCCCGACAGCCCGAACCUCAACCAUGCCGUCCUGCUGAGCAAGAUGACCAAGUCUCUGAUGCUCAAUUUCCUCGAGCUGACAAGCGAUCUCUCGCUGGAUCCCACAUCUUAUGAAGAGAAAAUGGCGGAUAUCCGACAAUUGGUACUCAAUAUUCACGUGGUCAUUAACAUGUACAGACCGCACCAGGCGCGAGAAAGUGUCAAGGAGAUGCUAGAGGACAUAUUGGAGGACGGCGAGAGGGAGAUGGAAGAAUCUGACAACCUGAAGCAGAAAGUUGAGCAGUUCUUGGGCGAGCUGGGAAACACGGCAGCCCAUGCCGGAUCAGCGAUGGCCACAGAUUUGAAUGGAGAGACCUCUACUAUUGGCAACGAAAACCCAAAAUUGGAUGAACAGCGACGACUGUGGGACAUGAUCGACGAAAUGACUGAUGGAUGA